AUGGGUUUGGAGGAAGCAGAAACACCUCCAAAUAAACCCCUGGCUUCUGAAAUUCUAAAUCCCGAAGAGUCCCCAAAAAACGAUAUCGGACAAAUCGCAGAUUCCUUCGAGAAUCUCAACUUCGUCGACCGAAACAUCACCGACCUCAAGCGGGAACUAAGUUCAAAAGACAAAGAGGAAAUAAUUCUGGGCGACAAUGGCCUUCUUGAAAACGAUUCAAAUCACCAGGAAAAAACCGUUAAUUUAGAGGCCCAAAGCCAGGAAAAUGAACGAGAUAACGAACCUCCACCAAAACAAGUAAACCAGCAGAACAUACCUCAGGAACACUUCAACUUCGGCCUCGAAGGAAUUUUUGACGCAAUGAAGUCAUAUUUCACAGAUAAAUCUCCGUUCCUUCCCACUGGAAAAUUAGAUACAGAAGCACUCAAACAUAAACUUCUUCAAGAUACUUCUGAUCCAGUGGAGGCUUUGGAUGAGGAGUCGAUUUUUUUCGAUAGGUUUGUACAUAAUUUAAAUUACGGCAAAACGACAACUUUUCGAACUGGAAACGUUUCGAAACUAUCACUGGAAACGUUGUUUUACGUUUUCUACAAUGUGCCCAGGGACACAAUUCAGAACCUGGCCUCAAUUGAACUUUAUAAAAGGCUCUGGAAAUACCACGAAUCUAACAAAUUGUGGUUCAAACAUGAUCAAAAAAAAUCGUUAUGGGUAUACUUUGACCCAGCGACUUGGGGAAUACGUAGUUACAAUGUGACGCCCGAAGUUGAAAACGCAUUAUUGUCAAGAGCAGAAAUGGAAAAGAAACUUGAAACACACGAAUAA